AUGGCAGAUGGAGGUGCGCAGAUUGGAGGGCACAUAAUUCUGGAAGCCGCCGACAGCGAUAAAUUAGGAGCUGUCGCAAUCUUUCCUGCUGCUGCCACUGCUGCUGCCACUGCUGUUGGCUGCCCUUUGCUGGCGUCAUCGGCGCGCCGUGUGAAAAAGAAAAAAAGAAAUGUGUACCCGCCGGUGCGCCUUGGUGUGAUCGGCACUGCUGACGGCGAUCUCGCAGCUGCCUGA